CUUUCACUGUUUUUGAACCUCUCUGACUUGCUAUUCUUGUUGCGACCACAAUAUGGCUACCUCAUUUUCCAUCGUCGUUCUUAACGCGGGAUUAACGAGACAUCAUAAUAUCGCGCGAUUUCACCGUGCCUGGGAAUAAAGAAAGCAAUGGCAUAGAUCAAAUAUCUCCACACUGGUCACACGUUUUAACCCGAAGAUAACAAUUCUACGAGUUUAUUAACAUGCAUGUUCAAUUUUAUAUCUUUAUAACAUUGUAACUCAGCUAAAACGUUGAUUUGAUGCAAAAAAAAUUGACUUCUACAUUCGAAGACAUUUCUAGGGUGUAUAUUUCUAUGAUGGAAAACACCACACUGCCUGCACGCAUGCGUACAUUCUAAAAUACGAUUUGCACAACGGUCUAUCAUCAAAGAUGGCGGGAGCCUCCGACCCACUGGAGGACAUGCUCUUCAAUGAGGUAGAUGAAAAAGCAGUUAGCGACCUAGUUGGCUCAUUGGAAUCACAACUUGGAAGUCAAAAAACUUCAUCUGCACCAUAUUCCGAGGCAAAGAGAGAGGGGCCUUCGGGCGCUGUCAAUCACUUCUCAGGGAAACUGCGUGACCAAGUGGGAUCUCCGGAGCCGCCGCCACAACAAGGACAUUCUAAAGCAGGGUUAAACGAGGAAACGAACGCCGAUGAGGCGCAAUCCAACAAGAUUCUCACCUCUUCUACCUCUUCUAUUUCUACCGGGGGUGUAAUUAACGCUGGUACAAAUUUACAAACACAUGCAGCAUCUCCCGCACCAGGAUCUGCAACUUUACCUGCUCAGACAACCAGCUUCAACAGAGGGACUGUUUUGGGUCCUGCAGGCACAACGGUAGCGGCUGCCCCAAACCCCAACAUCACAACUGCAGCGGUUAGGACUGCUUCACCCGGAUUACAGAGUUUGAACGGUAACACCGGACCCGUGAAGUUGGUGAACUCGCCUACCAUCGCUGCCCAAACCGGGCCUGCCGUCUCUUUGGCCAACACUGUAAUAAGUACUGUUAGUGCUGGAAGCUCCAAUAUAAUAGUGUCCAUGGCCUCGCAGCCUAAUUUUCCUGUACCUCAGACUACCGUGGCUUCUCCCACUGUUGCGUUACAACGGCAUCCUAAUCCAAUCUCCAGUGUCUCACAGAACGGAAUAGACCCCAAAGUUUCACCUCUGAUCACGCAGAGCGCAGGAUCCCCAGGUCAGGCCACCACAUCUCAGGUCAUGAACCCUAGCAACACAAUCAUGAGCCCCAACAUGGUGGUGCAGAGCCAGCCUGUGCCUGGCAACCCCGUGGUCCUCGCCAGCACCCCCCCGCCUGCUGUCCACUCCCCCAUAAGCCAGGUGCAGAGCACAGUGAGCCCGGCUGUCAGUCUGACCGCUGGGGUCAAGCCGGCGGUCAAUGGAGUGGGCCAACCCACCGUCACCAUCAUGAGGCCCCCAGGGCCAACCGUCAUGGCAACCUCCAUCCAGCAGCAGAGGCCCGGGCUGGUGGCCAGUCCCACGAGGACCGUGGCCCCCCAGCUGGCUGCCAGACCCCCCCAGCAGACCACCAUCCAGCUGCCUCCUGGCUUCACCAUCCCUCCAGGCAUGGUUCUGGUGCGGACAGAGACAGGCCAGCUGGUGAUGGUUCCCCAGCAGGUUCUCGCCCAGGCCCAGGCUAAGACCCAGGCCCAGGGGGUCACCAACAUCUCCCCCAGGCCGGCCACCCCGACGUCUGGGGCCACCAUCCGCGUGGCCACCCCCAGUCAGAAGGCGGUAACCAUGGCUCCUGUAACCAUGGCUCCUGCUGGCGUGAAGAUGGCUGCUCCCCAGAAGGCCCAGACGGUCAUCGCCGGGGGCCAGGUCGUUGCCGGGGGCCAGGUCGUUGCCGGGGGCCAGGUCGUUGCCGGGGGCCAGACCCUGGCCAAGCCGGCCGUCCGCCCCACGCUGACACCCACCUCUGCUGCACCUGCUCCACCUCCUCCCCAGGAAAUGAUGGAAAACGUGAAGAAGUGCAAGAACUUCCUGGCCACGCUGAUUAAGCUGGCGUCCCAGAACUCCCCGUCGCCCAACACCUCCAGGAACGUCAAGGGCUUGGUGCAGGAUCUGCUGGACGCCAAGAUCGAGCCGGAGGAGUUCACCACCCGCCUGCAGGCUGACCUGAAGUCAUCCCCUCAACCCUACCUCAUCCCCUUCCUCAAGAAAAGCCUCCCUGCCCUGCGUCUGUCUCUGCUGAACAACCAGCAGUCUCUGAUCUCAGCCACACAGGCUGCCGCCUCUACAGUGAUGGUCUCCGCCUCCCCGGUCCUCGCCACCUCCACCAUCCGGGCGCGGCUCCCCACCUGCCCCGGGGUGCCCGUCAGGACAGCUGGGGCCCUCGGAGCUUCGGCCACUCAGGGCAUGAGGAGACCAGCGGUUCAGGGGGUUCAGACUCGGAUGCCCAUGGUCAUCUCCCCGACCAUACGGCCACAAGGUGCUGUGGCAAGAGGCGGGACCAUUAUAGCUAGCAGAAGUGCUAUUGGCCUUUCUGCUCAGGCCACAGCCAAUCAGAAGAAGCUGAGUGACCCUGGGGGAGGGACCUUCAGGGAUGACGAUGACAUAAAUGACGUGGCGUCCAUGGCCGGGGUGAACCUGAACGAGGAGAACGCCCGUAUCCUGGCAACCAGCUCUGAGCUGGUGGGGACCAAGAUCCGCUCCUGCAAAGACGAGGCCUUCCUGCCCCCAGGCCUCCUGCAUCGCCGCAUCCUGGAGACCGCGAAGAGGUUUGGUGUGACGGAGGUCCCGGUGGAGGCAGUGAACUUCAUCUCCCAUGCCACCCAGACGCGCCUGCGCUCCAUCCUGGAGAAGGUGACCACAGUGGCACAGCACCGCACGGACGGUGGCAAGGAUGAGGAAUGGUAUGAACAGUCGUCAGACGUCAGAACUCAGCUCCGCUUCUUUGAGCAGCUGGAGAGGCUGGAGAAACAGCGGAAAGACGAGCAGGAGAGAGAGAUUCUCCUGAAGGCUGCCAAGAGCCGAGCCAGACAGGAAGACCCAGAACAGGCACGACUAAAGCAGAAAGCUAAAGAGAUGCAGCAGCAGGAGCAGGCUCAGAUCAGACAGCGAGAGGCCAACCUCACGGCCCUCGCUGCCAUUGGGCCGCGCAAGAAACGCAAGAUGGACUCACCAGGGGGUUCCACUGCCGGGUCAGAGGUGGCCUCAGGCUCGGGGUCGGGCUCGUCCCCGGCCUCCUCCUCGCGGCAGCAGCUCCGUCAGCGCAUCACGCGAGUCAACCUCAGGGACUUCAUCUUGUGUCUGGAACAGGAGCGGGCCACGUCACACUCUCUGCUGCUCUACAAGGCUCUGCUCAAGUAGAAGCCCGCAGGGGGCCCCCUCGCCCCGCUACAGUCUCCUUGGAAACGCACUCUUCUCCUCUCUCCCUGAACGUUUUAGACGCCCUUCGCUUGCCCACUCUGUCACGUGUCUCUCUAGCCAUCAGCUGUCGACGUGCUCCUCCUGUCCUGGGAUCUGACCUGCGCUGCGCUGCUGACCUGCGCUGCUGACCUGCGCUGCUGACCUGCGCUGCUGGCUCCAAGGCUCAUUUAACAUCUAGUUUUAAAUGAACAAUUCAGAAACGUGUGUUUUUUGUUUGGUUUUUGACGUCACUCUGAGCUGUACCUUAAGAAGUGACUUUAGUCCCAAUCUUAUUUUCAAAAUAAAUCCAAGUAGAUUUUUACGACAGAGAUCUUGCUAUCGUGGCCCAACAGAUAUUCACUCAGGAUACCACAGGCUAAAUAUGGACUUCGAAACGAAUCUUUAACUACCACAAAAAAAGUUACAAUAAUGUUUGAAUCUUGUAUUUGUACAUGUACUGAGUAUUUUAACAUUUUAUUUAUAACACAUUAUUUUGAAUGUUUAGGGCAAAUCAGUUGCCGUAAAUCUUAGAUGAAUGUACCGGGAGUACUGUGCUGUCCUUCCAGCAGAGUGGACACACCGGUAGACACACUUCAGUUCAUGGCAUUGAGUAUCUUUGUCCUUUUUCUUUAGGCAUAAAUUCGAAAGAUGAUUGAUAUUGUUUUUCUUUCUGUUUGCGUGUGAGUAGCAUAAUGAAAGUAUUGGUAUUUACCUGGUUUUUAUUGGCCUUUAAGGAAAACGUUUGCAUACGUAGGGUUAUGUUUUGGUUGGUGUCUAGAUAUCUGGUGACAGUCCCCAGGACCUUUACGUACUGCCGUGGCCCUUCCCCCUGCCGUGGCCCCUCCCCCUGCCGUGGCCCCUCCCCCUAAUGUGGCCCCUCCCCCUCCCGUGGCCCCUCCCCCUCCCGUGGCCCCUCCUGUGGCUCCUGACUGGUCUGACACGUUUUAAAAUAAAUGUAGGAUUCCUGAUGAUUCUCACACAGCAAAGAACAGGGAGCUGGUUCUACAGAGAGCUGGUUCUACAGAGAGCUGGUUCUACAGAGAGCUGGUUCUACAGGGAGCUGGUUCUACAGGGAGCUGGUUCUACAGGGAGCUGGUUCGACAGAGAGCUGGUUCUACAGGGAGCUGGUUCUACAGGGAGCUGGUUCUACAGGGAGCUGGUUCUACAGGGAGCUGGUUCUACAGAGCUGGUUCGACAGAGAGCUGGUUCUACAGAGAGCUGGUUCUACAGAGAGCUGGUUCUACAGGAAGCUGGUUCGACAGGGAGCUGGUUCUCCUCCACUUCUGGUUCAUUUGAACCUAGAUAAUGAAGCCUAAUGAAUUAAACAUGAGGUUAUUACAAUAGGCGUCAGUCUGGUAUGGUUCACCCUAUUUUCUCCAACAUGUAAAAUAAUGCGACAGCUCUCUAUACAAAACCCACCAUCUUAGAUUCUAAUUAUAAACUACUUUUAAUGCUCAGAAUAUCUUUCCUAGUCUCUCUGUUCAGUAUUUUCUAACAUAAAUGGAAUUGUCCACAGCUUCCCAAUGUGCUGACAUGUUGUCACUUUCAUUUGACUUUUUUGGAAUGACUGUACAUUAAGGGUUUUUAAUGCUUUAAAUUUCUUUUUUUUACUGUUAUGGGCAUUUGUUUGUAUAGUGCAUAGAUCUAACAGAUACAUAAAGCUGUGGUGUAUGUAAAUUCAGUAAUAACCUGGGUCUUGAACAUCCAGCUAUCAUCCUUUGAAGGACACAUUUUUGUGACUAUUUAUAUUUCCUACAGUCUGUAUUCAAACCUGAUUCAUUUCAGGCAAUGCAAUUUUACUAUUGUUUGUACCUUUGCAAAAAAAAUUAAAUAAAGAAAUGGAUUCAA